CCAUCAUUUCUUUCAUGCCCGCCCAGCCUCCUCAACGCAACCACACCAUGCAGCCCGUCGUUGGCGUCAGGCUCGCAAUAUGGGCCGGUUUCGCCCUCGUUUUGCUGACGGCCACCUCGCCGGCGGUGCAUGGGCUGGGCGUAAACUGGGGCAACCAAGCCGCCCAGGUCCUCAACCCUGCCAUCAUCGUCCAGAUGCUCAAGGACAACCACAUUGACAAGGUCAAGCUCUUCGACUCCGACCACUGGACGGUUAACUUCUUCGCCGGCACCGGCAUCGAGGUCCUUCCCGGUAUCCCCAACAAUCAGCUCCAGAGGUUUGCCGAUGAUUUUGACAAUGCCAAGGAUUGGGUUAAGGAAAAUAUUAGCACCCAUAUGCACGAUGGAGGCGUCAAGAUCAAGUACAUAGCCGUUGGAAAUGAGCCGUUCUUGAAGGCAUACAAUGGAUCGUUCUUGCAUUCAGUAUUUCCGGCAUUGCAGAACAUCCAGAAGGCUCUCGAUGAAGCCGGUCUUGGAAAUAAGAUCAAAGCGACCAUCCCCCAAAACGCUGACGUAUACUCGUCCGGCACCGGCGGCCCCUCCGACGGCAAUUUCCGGAAAGACAUCAGGGAUCUCAUGAUCAAGAUUUGCCGUUUUCUCAGGGACCACAGAUCUCCAUUCAUCGUCAACAUUUACCCUUUCCUUAGUCUCUACGAAAACAAGAAUUUCCCCGUCGAGUUCGCCUUCUUCGACGGUGGCGCCAAGCCCGUUCAUGACAAUGGACGGACGUACUCGAAUAUGUUCGAUGCUAACUUGGAUACGCUAAUAUGGUCGUUGAAGAAAGCGCAAUGCGAGGACGUGAGCGUGAUCGUGGGCGAGAUCGGGUGGCCGACGGACGGGAACAAGAACGCCAACAUGAAAAUGGCGGAGAAAUUCUACAAGGGAUUCCUGAGGAAAAUGGCGAAGAAGGAAGGCACGCCGGUGCACAAGGAGGAGGUGGAGUUCUACCUCUUCAGUUUCACCGACGAGAACACGAAGAGCGUAGCGCCGGGGGGAUUCGAGCGCCACUGGGGCAUAUUCGGCUACGACGGCAAGCCCAAAUUCCCGAUCGACUUCACCGGCGGCGGCACCGAGAAGAUGCCGGUGGGCGCCAAGCACGUGCCGUACCUCCCGGCGCAGUGGUGCGUGCUCAACCCCGACAAGAAAGACUCGCAAUCCGUCGGGAAGAACAUCGCGUACGCUUGCGCCAUGUCGGAUUGCACGGCGCUGGCCGACGGCGCGUCGUGCGAGAAUCUCGACGCGCAUAGCCGCGCGUCGUACGCGUUCAACAUGUAUUACCAGAUCAACAACCAGGACGUGGAGGCCUGCAACUUCGAGGGGUUGGCUAAGAUCGUGAAGAGUAAUGCCUCCACCGGCGGCUGCUUGUUCCCCGUUGCGUUGGAGAGUGGUGGGACCAGAAUCGGCGUUGGGAUCACCAUCUUUGCCGGGAUCUUCUUCUUCUUAGCACUCCUAUAGAAAGGAGGGAUUCACCCAAAUUUACGAUUGUAUACUUUCUCGUAAAUUAAAUAAUGUAUUCAAAAACAAUGAAGGAAUUUAAUUUACAAAUUAUAGUAUGAAAGAUUUUGGAGUGUUUUUCUUAA